AUGAAGUAUUCCGUCGCACUCCUGGUGUUCGCCUGUUUGGGCACCCGGUGGCUGGUUGCUGGUCAGCGGAAGUUUCCGGAACACUUCAAGUUCGGUGUCGGUACGUCGGCGUACCAGAUCGAGGGGGGUUGGAAUGAGGACGGUAAGGGUGAAUCGAUUUGGGAUUAUCUGGUGCACAACAACCCGGAGAAGGUAGCCGACGGAACGAACGGUGAUAUCGCCUGCGAUAGCUAUCAUCAGUGGCGCCGUGACGUCGAGAUGAUAAAGGAGCUCGGAGUGGACAUCUAUCGGUUCUCGCUCUCGUGGAGCCGUAUUCUACCGACCGGUAUCAGCAAUCAGAUCAAUCCGAAAGGCAUCGAGUAUUACAACAAUCUGAUCGACGAGCUGCUCAGCAAGGGCAUCACACCGAUGGUGACGCUCUUCCACUGGGACACCCCACAACGGUUGCAGGAACUCGGUGGCUUCACGAACCGACUGAUCGUUGGGUAUUUCCGUGAGUAUGCCCGGGUUGCGUUCGAACAUUUUGGCGAUCGCGUGAAAAUCUGGACGACGUUCAACGAACCACCGCAAACCUGCCGGCUACCGUACGAGUAUGGUUCGUUUGCACCUGGCCAAGCGUUCCCGGGCAUCUACACGUACCUGUGCAGCCACCAUCUGUUGCUAUCGCAUGCGGAAGCCGUUGAGUUGUAUCGGACCGAGUUCCAGCCGACACAGGGUGGACAGAUCGGUAUUACCGUGGAUGGAUCGUGGGCCGAACCGGUAUCGGAGGCUGAGCGUGAGGCGUCCGAUCUCACCAUGCAGUACCUGUUUGGUAUCUACAUGCAUCCGAUUUACUCCGAGACGGGUAACUAUCCACCGGUGAUCAUCGAACGGAUCGCUAAGCUUAGCCAGGAACAGGGCUUCGCAAAGUCUCGGCUGCCCGAGUUUACGCCCGAGGAGAUCGCCAAGCUGAAGGGUUCGUCCGACUUUUUCGGUUACAACGGUUACACCACGAAUCUGGUGUACAUGAACGACGAGGCAAAUUCGGCCAAUUUCCGCGAACCUUCGUUCGAUCACGAUCGUAACACCGUCGACUACCAGGACGAUCGGUGGCCCUCGACGGGUUCAUCGUGGUUAAAGGUUAACCCGCGCGGUAUGUACCACGUACUGAACUGGAUCCGCCGGGAGUACAACAAUCCACCGGUCUGGGUCACCGAGAAUGGUGUGAGCGAUCGUGGCGGAACUCGCGAUGUGCAGCGGGUGCAGUACUUCAAGGACUAUCUAAACGCCAUCCUGGACGCGAUCGACGAUGGGUGCGAUGUCCGGGGGUAUGUUGCGUGGAGUUUGAUGGACAACUUCGAAUGGCUCGCCGGGUUGACGGAACGGUUCGGGUUGUACUACGUCGACUACACCGAUCCGGCCCGGACACGUUACGCCAAGUCAUCGGCCCGUGCCUUCGGGAACAUUGUGCGCAACCGGAUGAUCGAUCCCAACGAUAUGCCCGAACCGGAGAUUUAUAUUCCAGGACCGGGCGAAACACCCGCCACCACUACCAUCCACCCUACCACCACGGUACGCGCAACGACGACCAACACAGAUGAUGAUGAUGGUGAUGAUGAUGGCAGUGCCACUGGAUUGAUGAUUUCCAAAAUUCUACUUGCUGCAGGCAUCGGUGUCACCGUGCUGCUGAUAGCGGACUAUUGAUAAGUGCCCGAAUAAUCUACUUUAUAUGAGCGUGUGCAGUAGU